AUGACUAUUAGCCACGAUGCUCAUGAAAGAUCAAAUCUUCUCAAGGAUGUUCCCCAGGAAUUAUCCACAGAGUUGCAUGCCAUCGAAGAUAUGUUAACAUUGCUGCCCGAAGUUUUGAAAAAAGUUACCGCCCACUUUAUAACGGAAUUGGACAAGGGUUUGUCCAAGAAAGGUGGUAACAUUCCCAUGAUUCCUGGUUGGGUCAUGGACUUUCCUACUGGUAAGGAGAAGGGUGACUACUUGGCCAUCGAUUUGGGAGGAACCAACUUGAGAGUUGUGUUGGUGAAAUUGGACGGAAACCGUUCUUUCCAAACCAUUCAGUCCAAAUAUGCUUUGCCUCUGGACAUGAGAACCUCCACCGCCGACGAGUUGUUUGGUUUCAUUGCCAAGUGUCUUAAAGAGUUUGUCGAACAAGAAUUCAAUGACGGCUGUACCGAACCAUUACCAUUGGGAUUCACGUUCUCUUACCCUGCCACGCAAUAUUCUAUUAACACUGGUGUUUUACAAAGAUGGACCAAAGGGUUUGAUAUCGACGGAGUAGAGGGCCACGAUGUGGUUCCAAUGCUUCAAGAUGCCAUCAAGAAUAUUGGAGUUCCAAUCGAUGUCGUUGCUUUGAUCAACGAUACCACCGGUACUUUGGUUGCUUCCAUGUACACUGAUCCUGAAACCAUUAUGGGGUUGAUUUUCGGAACUGGUUGUAACGGAGCCUACUACGAUGUAGUCAAGGAUAUUCCCAAGUUGGAAGGAAAGGUGGAAUCGGAUGUAGCUCAGGACGGCCCUAUGGCCAUUAACUGUGAGUACGGUGCUUUCGACAACGAGCUUGUGGUGUUGCCAAGAACCAAAUACGACGUUCUCAUCGACAAGCAAUCGCCCAGACCGGGUCAACAAUCGUUUGAAAAAAUGAUAUCAGGCUACUACUUGGGUGAGGUUUUGCGACUCAUUUUGCUUGACUUGGCGGAGGAGAAAAAGUUGAUUUUCCAAGGCCAGGAUCUCUCCAAAUUGAAAGAAGAGUUUAUCAUGGACACUUCGUUCCCUGCGAGAAUUGAAGAAGAUCCUUAUGAGAGUCUCACUGAGGUGGAGGCAUUGUUCAAGGAAGUGUUGAACUUGGACACCACCUUCAAUGAAAGAGCUGUUAUUUCACGUAUCGCCCAAAAGGUUGGUGAGCGUUCCGCCAGGUUGUCUGUGUGUGGAAUUGCAGCCAUUUGCAAAAAAAGAGGCUACAAGACCGGCCACUGUGCUGCUGACGGUUCUGUCUACAACAUGUAUCCUGGAUUCAAAGAGAGAACUGCUCGUGCUUUGCGUGACAUUUUCGAAUGGGACGACUCUGUGGAGGACCCAAUCACCAUCACGGCCGCUGUGGAUGGUUCUGGAGUGGGAGCGGCAGUUAUUGCUGCAUUGACCGAGCAGAGAUUGAAGAAGGGACUUUCUGUGGGCCUCAAAAAAUGA